GACCUCAUGGACGAGUUCGAAGGUGAGAAAGCGGCGUCGGCGGCAACGGUGACGGUUUCGGAAACCCCACGCGAGGGCACGGCGGUCGAUACAGCCUCGGUAGAGAAGACGCCAGAACCAUCGGCGUCGGUACCGACGGUCCAGGCGACCCCCGGGGUGUUCGAAGACGUCGUGCAUGAGAAGGCCGAGAAGCCUGUAGGGCCUGGUGCCAACGCCAGGACAGAAGAGGACGACGGCAAGGUCAUAGGUGGCGGCAACGCCAAGGCCAGGGACGGCGACAACGCCAAGGGCACCGACGACACCAAUACAGAGGUGGCGGCGACACCAGAACCAAGGGCGACGACGGCGCCAAAGCGAAAAACGAAGGAGCCAACGGCGAGGACAACGAUGGCAGCAGGCCCAUGGAGGUCACGGCCGGGACGAUUAAAAGGCGGCACGACGAAGUGA